AAAAGCUUCUCUGCUACAUCUUCCCUCUCUUUCCCUACAAAUACCCUCCCCAUCUUCCCACUUUUGUACCAAGUUUUACAUUUUUCUAGGUUUCAGCUGCUGGUUCUAUUUGUCAACAUUUUUUGGGCAAUGGCUAGCAGCAGCAUUUUGAGAUUAGAUGACAAGAGAAGCAAGGCUUUCCAUGCAUUGGGACUCCUCAGUCUCAUGCUCCUAAUGCAAAACUGUGCCGCAAGAGAGUUCCAAGUUGACUGGAGUGUUCCCCCUAAUAACUCUCAGACUCUCCCCUAUAAUCAGUGGGCUGAAAAAAACCGAUUUCAAAUUGGCGACAACCUUAUGUUCAAAUAUGCAGCUGGGCAAGAUUCAGUGCUUGAAGUGACAAAAGAUGCCUAUGACAACUGCAGCACCGAGGUUCCCUUAGCAAACUUCACAGAUGGCCACUCUGUCUACACUUUCAAUCGCUCUGGGCCUUUCUACUUCAUCAGUGGCAUCAAAGACAACUGUGUCAAGUUAGAGAAAUUAAUUGUGGUAGUCUUGGCUGAUAGAAGCAACCACACUUCUAACACAACUCAAACAACCCCACCAAGCCCACCACCCUCAGGCUCAACCUACAUGAUCACGCCGGCUCCGGCCCCUGCUAGCGAGAAUUAUCCUCCAGCAGGGCCUGAGGAGAACAACCCAACUCCAGCUCCUGUAUCUCCACCAAGUGCAGCUCCUUCAACCUUGAUUACUGUUACAAACUCUAUUGGAGCAUUUGCCGCUGCUUCAUCUCUUCUUCUGGCAUUCUAAGUUAAACACAUCACAGAUUGCAUAAAUGCAUACUUUGUUUGCAGUUUCUUAUUAAUUGUUUUAAAUUUUUUGGCCUCUUGAUUUCUUUGUGAUUUUUCGGAAUAAGUGGAAAGUUUGUAUACUCUUUGGUGUGCUUAUUAGUUACUUUGACAAGUAACAAAAUAAAUGGAUUCUAUACUAUGUAAAUAUUUAUUGAAA